AUGUCUACUACAAAUAUUGUUGUCGAUCAAUUCAAAACAACUGAAUAUGAGGUUUUUGUGCCUAAUGUGAAGUUUCAAUCCAACAACGUCUGUUUUAAUUCUUCGAUUGAAGAUUAUCCUGAAGAGUUAAAGAUUUGUUUUUCUAAGGAUUCUAAUGUUGUCAACAAGAAAUCAACAUCGAAGCCAAAAGUUGUUGAUAAAGAUAUUUAUACAAAGACUGUUUUUGAGAAGUCUCUAAAAAGUGGUUCUAAGAAGGUUGCAAAAUAUUUUUCUGAGAAGAUAGUUCAAGGUGGUUAUGAUAAGGAAGUGCCAACUAUUUCUACAAAGGUUGUUAAAGAACUUUUUGUUCCUGAUAUUGAUGUUCAGAAGUAUAAGAAGUUGAAGACAAAGUCUAUGUCUUUUGGAGUUGUUAUUAAAGAAAUUGCUAAUGAAGAAGCACAACAGAACAAGAAACUCAAAGCUACUGGGGUGUUGAAAUGUUUUAAGAAGUUUAGGGCUCAAACAGUCGAAGAGCCUUAUGCCAAAGCUUCGUCAAUACCAAAUACUUUUGAAGCAGACAACGAUAGCAAAUACACGUAA